GCGCUUGUGGAGGCUGAAACUCUGUAGGCGUUGUUGUUUUUGUUUACGGCCUCCCUAACUUUGCUUAAGUUUGUGUGCAGAGGGGGCUUUGCUCCGAUGCUGUGCAUCAGCUGGGCAACCCAAGAUCAGCUUCAAACAGACUGCAGGUUAUAUAAAAGUGCCUGCCGCUUUGAUUGUUGUUGAUUUCUCGAAUUCUGCCUUGCACAUGCUACCGACGGGACCUUUCUUUCCUUUGUAGAACUGGUUGUGGAUAUUAGACAAAGAACGCAGCAGGGUCUACUUUCACAGCACUUGCAAAAGUGUUCUGCCAACAAGCACAACCGACGUGUCGCGGCGAGGCACACCACCAUCGAUAAACACCGCAUCACUCGACGGCUCGUGCCUCAAUUCGCGACUCAAGAGCACUCGCUUCAAAGCUACCAGCAGAACCGGACCAGACCGAAGGGAAUCUCCCGGCAAUCUCCAGCGUAAUGGCCUUUUCACACGUCGAGUACGUUGCUGCGACCCUGGCAGAGCGUGCAACCAAGACAUGGACAGAUUCGGAGGGCAAUGUGUGGCAGUAUGACACGGCGACAUAUGCGCUGGCAUGGUGGAUCGUGGUGUUGAUCAUCUGGAUCUCAUGGUUCUGUGUCGUCUAUGCCGUUGCCUUCAUCGUCUACUUCAUCAAAGAACGCAGGCGGAAGCGUCAGGGCCUGCAGUUCCGGACCGGGCACGUCUUCUGGAAGGCGUUCUGCAUCGCAAGCGGCCUGUGGUUCUGGAUCUGGGUGUUCAAGAAGUGCGGGGCCGGCGGCGCCGACAGCCGCAAUGCUGGCGGCAACAAGAGCAUGCUCGACGGCAACAACUACAACCAGCUCGAGGGCGGCGGUGCCUGGUAUGGAGCGAACCCACAGCACCAACUCCAUCAUCCCCAGCUUCAGCAGCAGCAGCCUGGCCGGUUUGAGCCCAUAGGCUAUGCAGGGUCUGGCGGCAUCUACCAGCAUCCGUACCAGCAGCAUCCGCAGCAGAGCAGCGCGCCCGCGAGACCAUACGAUGCGCCCCCGCCGCGCCGCCAUUCCUUCUCAGCCGAGCUUCACUGAAGGGCUAGUCGAGACAUGACGAUGAGGACUCGGAACCUAUGUAGGGGGAAGAAUUCCUGGAUUUGAAAGGGUUGGCCCGCGCGGGGUAAGAGGGAUGCAGUGGGCACGAGGAACUUUUGCCGGUGUGUAUAGAUAAUUAGUGGCUGUUGAUCCCAUGACUGGGCCCUGGCCUCACAGGAGUUCUAUUGUCUUCUCUAGCGGAAUGGGGAAUCCAGAAUAUGCCCACCCGAUAGUGCUUUGUGAUCUGCGAGCCUGCGUCAAGAUCGAUGGCCCGGUGGAGAAGAAGACCGGCAGCUCGCUAUACCGGCCGCGGUAAGCGCUGCA